AUGACUAAAAUGCGAAAAACCUUAAGGAAACUAUUAGUUUUAGUAGACAUGAAUUACUCUAUAAGCAUAGCUAAUUUUAAUCAUUCGGCGAUUCAUUUUGGAAGCCUUAAUUCAACACCUGCUAUUCCACCAAGUAAUACUGGACGAAAGAGGCCUCGGAGUAAUAGUAUGAACAAAAGUGACCAAGCGCAGAAAAUAGCACGUCAAUUUGAUGAAAAUUUGGAUGUUGAAAUGAAUCAACCACAUGAGAUGAUCCCACAAUUGUCUUUGAACACCACACGAACGCAACGUCAUCAUCACAGACAAACAAAUAAACCUUGUGUAGUUUAUACAAUGGGACGUAGAACAGACUGCGAAAGAUGCCUUCAACGCAUUCCUGGUCAUUUUGCUCAUGUUAUCAAUCAUUGA